AUGAUUACCUCCGUUCGCCCAUUUGGCCGGGUUGGAGUCACAGGUAUUUAUGCAGGACAUACCAAUCAUUUCAGCAUUGGGGCUCUUAUGGAGACUGAUGUUCGGUUAAUUGGUAACGGGCAAGCUCCUGUGCACCGGUACUGGAAAGAGUUGAUGAAUCUUAUUCAGAAGGGUGAAAUUAACCCACUCAAUAUGGUAUCCCACCGACUUCGUCUUGAACGAAUCAAAAAGGUUUAUGAUGUCUUCGAUCGGCGCGAACGAGUGCAGAAGAUUUUCUUACAAACCUAA